UCAUUUCAAUACCAGACAGUUGUGUGUCACAUGCAUACUAGCAUCUCUCCUAAUACCAUCUCAUAAAUAAACAGGGAGUGAAGCCAGGACCUGUGGAUGCCAUGGUUGUAGUGAAGCCCAAACCAGAUGCUACUCCGGCAAGCGGAAUUAGGUAUGCAGAGUCCAAUUAAAUAGGCAGACCUACAAUGUGUUGCGAAAUAAAUGUUAUUAAUCGCUGUUAGAAUCUGGUGUAUUUCCUAGUGAACCCUUUACUUUUCCUGAUAUUGUUAUUCCAGAUCUACACUUUACAAAGGCUACAGCGGUGAGCUACCAGACCCAUCAACCCUCAACCCACUUCCUGCCUAUGCUGACAUGGAACCAGACUCUCUUCCCCUUAUCUGCAGAAUGAACAUCACAUCUGACAAACCACUCGUGGACUCCAUUUUUGGCAAGGUACAAACUGGCAGUAUCCUGUCAUAUCAACACCCACCACCUCCACCUGACAGUGUUGUCAUCCAUAAGGAUGCACCACCGUUCCCAAAAGUGCCACUGGACGGUUACCAUUUACAACCAACAGACUGUUCAUACGAGAUCGUGACGGAUCAAGAAAAGCUUCACCUCAGUUCUCUAUCUGUGACUUUGUCACAGUCACACCUGAUUGAGGAAGCAACCAGAUGCCAAAGUGAAACACCCGAGUGGCAUUCACUGAGGAAGGAGAGAGUGACUGCUUCACAUUUCCGGGAGGUAAGCCAUGUUAGAGGUACAAGCACAGCAGAAAAACUGGCAGAAAGAAUUAUCAGAGGGACAAGACAAACACCACUAAUGAAAAGGGGGCUGGAAAUGGAAGCAGGUGCAUUGAAGGACUAUGCAGUUCUAAAAAAUCUUAAUCUGACAAAGUAUGGGCUAGUCGUGCAUCCGGACGCACCUUGGCUGGGUGCAUCGCCUGAUGGGCUGGUAUAUGACCCACUUGAGCGACCAUCAUUUGGUCUAGUUGAAAUGAAAUGCCCAAAUGUAGCCAGCUAGAUAGACUGCAAGUUCCUGAGAUUUUACCAUGGCCUACACAAAUUGAAGGAAAACCAUUGUUAUUAUUGGCAAGUCCAGGGACAGUUACUUUACUCAUCCCGAGGGAAAUUCAAGGUUUCAAGUAGCUUACAACAACACACAUCACACAUGCAACAUUUAAACAGAUAAUAAUACUAGUCAUUGUUGACAGCUCAAAUACAUAGGCCUAUAUAUUAAACACAUUGGACAUUUUAAUUUACCUUGUGAAAAACCUUAUGUCAUCAUCAGAUCCAGCAAACCGCUCCAAGCAGAACUUGCUGCUGAUAGUGACCUCCUCAAUUAUAUUUCGGAGCCUUGCUAUCUCUACACUAAGUUCUUCAUUGUGGUCAAGGGACAUAUCCAGCGCAGCAGGUUCAGUACUGUUGCAGUAGUCAUGGUCAGGAGGACAGUCCAAUUCCACAGACGGAUCAUUCAUGGUUUCUGUGUUGGGACGCUCGGUCCUUUCCCAAAAUUCCGGGCCGCGGGGCUGGAAGACUGAAAUUGUUCCAUUGAAACAGCACUGGAACAGCUCCCCUUCUUCAGACGUCUGCGCCCAGCUGGAGUCGGAGGCUCUAUCACAUCUUCACUUAGAAAGUGUCGGCUGCAGACCCGUGUGUUUGUUGUAAGAAAGUUGACUCGUCGAAUGUUAAUCACCCACCGUUUAUGUAAUUCACUGUCUUUGGGAAAAGUAUAUUGCAGAAUUGUAGAAUUGCAUCUGGCAGACACUGUACAUUGCGGCACACAGCAGUGAUGGCUGGAAGAGCUGUCAUCCCGUUUUUGAAAGGACACUUUCGUACGUUUACACGUCAUCGUGUUAUAAGUCAAGACGAAGUAUUACAAGUAAAAACAUUAACAUAAACAUUAAUAUAAACAACAACAACGACGAAAAUUUACCAUUUCGGAUGUUUUUGACGACAAGCAUUCAAUGCUAGCAUACGGUAGCACAGCAUUCUACGAUAACCGGAAGUUUACAUCCAUCCUGAGAUUUAACCGGAAAUACGUCAUGCUCUCGCCUGUGCAUAUCGCCUAUACAGCAGAUAUUUGCCACAAUACCUCUCAUCCAUGACUGAACUUUCCCUUAGGCACAGAUCUAGGAUCCGAUUCCCUCCCCAAAUCCUAUACUUUAAUUUAACAUUGGUUGGACUGAAAAAUAUCUGACCCUGUAGUUGUGUCAUUCUUUUGGAAAGGACCACUAAGAAAAUUAUAAUAAUAAAUUAUCCUUUUGUUUUCGAACGUUGAGAACAAGAUUUAGUGUCUAUGUUUAAUUGAGAGAAAAUUCUGUAAGACUUGCUUUAUAACUUGUUAUAAGUAUGUAUGAGCCUUUAUAAUAUCUUAUGAGCCUUUUAUAAUGUAUUGUGAAUUUGUCUUCAUGCAACAUAUUUUAUUAGAGUUAGAAGUGCUGCAGCUACAACCCAAUCACUGAGAACUGAGAGCCUCUCUCUAGGACAAGUCGUCGCUCUCCCCUCCCUCACACAAGGCCCAACUAUUGGACAGCAUUCUAACUAUUCAGUUCUGAUUUAAUACAAUAUAAUGUUCUGUUAAAUUCUGUGAUUUAUACAGUGAAGACCGCUUCUCCUAAUCUCCCUUUCAGUCUACAAGGAGAAACUUACUGGCCUUGAAUGGAAUGCAGAGCUGAUUUCAUCACAAAGUGCUGCAUAUUUCAAACUUUCACAUCCAUUGACUUUUGUCCCUAAACGGUAUAAUGCUGUAAUUUGUCCCUAAAGCUGUAAUUCUUAGAGACAGCUUAUAGAAAGAUAGGCCUUCUCACGGGAUGUGUUUGUAUUGUCGUGAUAAUGAAAGCAGAGAAAGCAGCGACAAGGGAAGUAGAACUCAACAGUCACCAGGGAAGUAGAACUCAACAGUCACCAGGGAAGUAGAACUCAACAGUCACCAGGGAAGUAGAACUCAACAGUCACCAGGGAAGUAGACUCAACAGUCACCAGGGAAGUAGAACUCAACAGUCACCAGGGAAGUAGAACUCAACAGUCACCAGGGAAGUAGAACUCAACAGUCACCAGGGAAGUAGAACUCAACAGUCACCAGGGAAGUAGAACUCAACAGUCACCAGGGAAGUAGAACUCAACAGUCACCAGGGAAGUAGAACUCAACAGUCACCAGGGAAGUAGAACUCAACAGUCACCAGGGAAGUAGAACUCAACAGUCACCAGGGAAGUAGAACUCAACAGUCACCAGGGAAGUAGAACUCAACAGUCACCAGGGAAGUAGAACUCAACAGUCACCAGGGAAGUAGAACUCAACAGUCACCAGGGAAGUAGAACUCAACAGUCACCAGGGAAGUAGAACUCAACAGUCACCAGGGAAGUAGAACUCAACAGUCACCAGGGAAGUAGAACUCAACAGUCACCAGGGAAGUAGAACUCAACAGUCACCAGGGAAGUAGAACUCAACAGUCACCAGGGAAGUAGAACUCAACAGUCACCAGGGAAGUAGAACUCAACAGUAUCUACACGUUUUCCAGUAUCAAUGUACAGUAUUGUCAAGGAGGGAAAUGUAUGUGUGCGUGUGUUCGCUCGGCUACCCCUUCCCACCUCUCCCUUGACUGUGGAUCCCUUCACCAGGAUCAAAGUCAAUGACUGGAGUCACCAAGGGCUGCAUAAGGUCUCUGUGUGUGUAUGUGUGUCUCUCUCUCGCUCACUCUUUCUCUCUUUCUCUCUCUGUGUGUCUCUCUCUGUGAGUGUGUGUGUGUGUGUGUGUGUGUGAGUGUCUCCCUUCAGAUUAGUGUGCUAAUUUUAACCUGCCUCUCAUCACUAGGCUAAUCUGUAGCUGAGAUCUGAGGCCAUACGGAGAUGUUGCCUUCAUGAUCCUGAUUCUGUUGGGAUUCCUCAUGAGGUGGGAAUGCUGUUAAGGUUGGUUAUAAUGCAUUGUAACACUUGUUAUGAGCAUGUAUGAAUCCCUUAUAAUGUGUUAUAUUUCAUAAUGAUCCUGACUACAUACAGGCUAUUUUGAGACUGUCGAAAAUGUUGAGACAUAACUUAAGUCUAGUAUAAGCCUUACUAUCAUGGUCCUCUGUAGUUCAGUGGUCCUCUGUAGUUCAGUGGUCCUCUGUAGCUCAGUGGUCCUCUGUAGUUCAGUGGUCCUCUGUAGCUCAGUGGUCCUCUGUAGCUCAGUGGUCCUCUGUAGUUCAGUGGUCCUCUAGUUCAGUGGUUCUCUGUAGCUCAGUGGUCCUCUGUAGCUCAGUGGUCCUCUGUAGUUCAGUGGUCCUCUGUAGCUCAGUGGUCCUCUGUAGCUCAGUGGUCCUCUGUAGCUCAGUGGUCCUCUGUAGUUCAGUGGUCCUCUAGUUCAGUGGUUCUCUGUAACUCAGUGGUCCUCUGUAGUUCAGUGGUCCUCUGUAGUUCAGUAGUCCUCUGUAGUUCAGUGGUCCUCUGUAAAUCAGUAGUCCUCUGUAGUUCAGUGGUCCUCUGUAGCUCAGUGGUCCUCUGUAACUCAGUGGUCCUCUGUAACUCAGUGGUCCUCUGUAGCUCAGUGGUCCUCUGUAGCUCAGUGGUCCUCUGUAGUUCAGUGGUCCUCUGUAACUCAGUGGUCCUCUGUACUUAGUGUCCUCUGUAUCAGUGGUCCUUGUAGUUCAUGUCCUCUGUAACUCAGUGGUCCUCUGUAGUUCAGUGGUCCUCUGUAACUCAGUGGUCCUCUGUAGCUCAGUUGUCCUCUGUAACUGAGUGGUCCUCUGUAGCUCAGUGGUCCUCUGUAGUUCAGUGGUCCUCUGUAACUCAGUGGUCCUCUGUAACUCAGUAGUCCUCUGUAACUCAGUGGUCCUCUGUAUUCAUGUCUCUAUAGUCAUGGUCCUCUGUACUUAGUGUCCUCUGUAGUUCAGUAGGUUCUCUGUACUAGUGGUCCUCUGUAGUUCAGUGCCUCUGUAAUUGAGUGGUUCCUCUUAGCUCAGUGGUUGCUCUGUAUUCAGUGUCCUCUGUAACUCAGUGGUCCUCUGUAACUCAGUAGUCCUCUGUACUCAGUGGUCCUCUGUAUCAGUGGUGCUCUUAACUCAGUGUCCUCUGUAACUCAGUGGUCCUCUAACUCAGUGGACCUCGAGUUCAGUUCCUCUGUAGCUCAGUGGUCCUCUGUAGUUCAGUAGUCCUCUGUAACUCAGUGGUCCUUUGUAACUUAGUAGUCCUCUGUAGUUCAAUAGUCCUUUGUAACUCAGUGGUCCUCUGUAACUUAGUAGUCCUCUGUAACUCAGUGGUCCUCUGUAACUCAGUGGUCCUCUGUAGUUCAGUGGUCCUCUUUAACUUAGUAGUCCUCUGUAGUUCAGUGGUCCUCUGUAACUCAGUGGUGCUCUGUAACUCAGUAGUCCUCUGUAACUCAGUGGUCCUCUGUAACUCAGUGGACCUCUGUAGUUCAGUGGUCCUCUGUAGCUCAGUGGUCCUCUGUAGUUCAGUAGUCCUCUGUAACUCAGUGGUCCUCUGUAACUUAGUAGUCCUCUGUAGUUCAAUAGUCCUUUGUAACUCAGUGGUCCUCUGUAACUUAGUAGUCCUCUGUAACUCAGUGGUCCUCUGUAACUCAGUGGACCUCUGUAGCUCAGUGGUCCUCUGUAGCUCAGUGGUCCUCUGUAGUUCAGUGGUCCUCUGUAGAUCAGUGGUCCUCUGUAGCUCAGUGGUCCUCUGUAACUCAGUGGUCCUCUGUAACUCAGUGGUCCUCUGUAGUUCAGUGGUCCUCUGUAGCUCAGUGGUCCUCUGUAUUCAGUGUCUAAGCUCUGAUCAGCAGUGCUACUGUGUCAGUAGUCCUUUUGGUCUCGUAAUAGCUCUGUAGCAGUGGUCCGCACUGGUAGACUCAGUGGUCCUCUACAUGCCCAUGGUCUCUAGUAGUCAGUGGUGCUCUGGAGUCAGUGUCCUCUGUAACUCAUGGUCCUCUGUAACUUAGUAGGUCCUCUGUACUCAGUGGGCUCUGUAGUACAAUGUCCUCUAGUAGUGUCCCGUAUAGUAGUCCUCUGUAAGUUCAGUAAAUCUAUGUACUUCAUGAGUCCUCUGUAACUCAGUGGUCCUCUGUAACUUAGUAGUCCUCUGUACUCAGUGGUCUCUGUAGUUUCAGUAGGUCCCUACUGUAUCCUAGUUCAGUGGUCCUCUGUAACUUAGUGGUCCUCUGUAGCUCAGUGUCCUCUGACUAGUGUCCUCUGUAGCUCAGUGGUCUCUGUAUUCAGUGGUCCUCUGUAGCUUCAGUGGUCCUCUGUAACUAGUAGUCCUCUGUAUCAGUGGUCCUCUGUACUCAGUGGUCCGUACUAUGUCUUUCAGUGGUCCUCUGUAACUCAGUGGUACCUCUGUAGUUCAGUGGUCCUCUGUAGCUCAGUGGUCCUUUCGUAGUCUCGUAUCAGUGUCCUCUGUAACUUAGUAGUCUCUCUGUAGUUCAGUGGUCCUCUGUAACUCAGUGGUCCUUACUUAGUAGUCCUCUGUACUCGUGGUCCUCUGUAACUCAGUGUCCUCUGUAGUUCAGUGGUCCUCUUAACUUAGUAGUCCUCUGUAGUCAGUGGUCCUCUGUAACUCAGUGCCUUGUAGUCAGUGGUCCUCUGUAUAGUGUCUCUGUAGUAGUGCCUCUGUACUCAGUGGUCCUCUGUAACUCAGUGGUCCUCUGUAGUUCAGUGGUCCUCUGUAGCUUCAGUGGUCCUCUGUAGUUCAGUAGUCCUCUGUACUCAGUGGUCCUCUGUAAGCUUCAGUGUCCUCUGUAGUUCAAUGUCCUUGUACUCAGUGGUCCUCUGUAAUUAGUGUCCUCUGUAAGCUCAGUGGUCCUCUGUAACUCAGUGGUCCUCUGUAGUUCAGUGGUCCUCUGUAGCUCAGUGGUCCUCUGUAGUUCAGUGUCCUCUGUAGCUCAGUGGUCCUCUGACUCAGUGUUCGUCAGUGUCCUCUGUACUCAGUGGUCCUCUGUAGUUCAGUGGUCCUCUGUAGUUCAGUGGUCCUCUUAUUGUAGUCCUGUCUCAGUGGUCCUCUGUAACUUAGUAGUCCUCUGUAACUCAGUGGUCCUCUGUAGUUCAGUAGCCUCUGUAACUCAGUGUCCUCUGUAACUUCAGUAGUCCUCUGUAUUCAGUGUCCUCUGUAGCUCAGUGGUCCUCUGUAUAUGCUCUAGUAGUCUGGUCUCUGUACUCAGUGGUCCUCUGUAACUCAGUGUCCUGUACCUGUCUCUGUAUUCAGUGGUCCUCUGUAGUUCAGUGGUCCUCUUGUUCAGUGGUCCCUGUAGCUCAUGUGUCCUCUGUAGUUCAGUGGUCCUCUGUAACUCAGUGUCCUCUAUAGUUCAGUGGUCCUCUGUAGUUCAGUGGUCCUCUGUAACUGAGUGGUCCUCUGUAGCUCAGUGGUCCUCUGUAGUUCAGUGGUCCUCUGUAGCUCAGUGUCCUCUGUAGUUCAGUGGUCCUCUGUAACUCAGUGGUCCUCUGUAGCUCAGUGUCCUCUGUAGCUCAGUGGUCCUCUGUAACUGAGUGGUCCUCUGUAGCUUCAGUGGUCCUCUGUAUUCAGUGUCCUCUGUAGCUCAGUGGUGCCUCUGUAAGCUCAGUGGUCCUCUGUAGUCAGUGGUCCUCUGUAAUCAGUGGUCCUCUGUAGCUCAGUGGUCCUCUGUAGCUCAGUGUCCUCUGUAGCUCAGUGGUCCUCUGUAGUUCAGUGGUCCUCUGUAUCAGUGGUCCUCUCAGUGAUCCUCUGUAGCUCAGUGGUCCUCUGUAGUUCAGUAGUCCUCUGUAACUCAGUGGUCCUCUGUAACUUAGUAGUCCUCUGUAGUUCAGUAGUCCUCUGUAACUCAGUGGUCCUCUGUAACUUAGUAGUCCUCUGUAACUCAGUGGUCCUCUGUAACUCAGUGGUCCUCUGUAGCUCAGUGGUCCUCUGUAGCUCAGUGGUCCUCUGUAGCUCAGUGCCCCUCUGUAGCUCAGUGGUCCUCUGUAGCUCAGUUGGUAGAGCAUGUCGCUUGCAAUGCCGGGAUAGUGGGUUCGAUUCCCGGGACCAUAAAAUGUAUAAAAUGCAUAACAUUUUGCACCCAUGACUGUAAGUCGAUUUGGAAAAAAAAGUGUCUGUCAUAAAGGCAUUUAUAUAGUAUAUGUUUUCUGACAGAUGGCGUCACUCCUAAGCAAUGCUUGUCCCUCAACUGACAGAGUCAUCACACUCUCUGAGAAUAGACAAUACCUUAUCAUAAGACAUACAUGCUUAUAACAACUUACAAAUGUCAUGUCAUCUGAGAUUGAUGUGAAGUGUUUUAAUGAAGUGAAGAAACAGAAGUCUAUACUACAACACAAAACAGUCUGACCAGUAACGACCCUCUGUGAUGCAGCAGGUAUCCUUUGGAUCACCAUGGUUACCUCAUGUACUCUUCUACUCCUUUCCUUGGCAGUCCAGACGAGCAAAACCCAAUCACUAUAAAUAUCCCAUGAACUAGAGUCUAUCUAGGAUGCCGUCAAAGCCUUAUAAACACAAAUCAAAUCCCUGCACGUGACUGAUGAUGAUACUUGUCUUUGCUUUAUUGUGAAUGUCGCUGUGUGUGUGUGUGUGUGCGUGCAUGCAUGUGUGUGUGUGUGUGUGUGUGUGUGUGUGUCUGUGUGUGCGUGACACACACACACACACACACACACACACACACACACACACACACACACACACACACACAGUUAGAAAGCAACAGUGCAUGGGAAAAGUGAAACAGUUAAAUCAAUCAAAGUGGAACUAAAUGGUGACUGUGAAGGUAUUUCUUAGUUCAUGAUGAACAAGGGCAUUGAGAAGACAAGCUCUAUAGUCCAAGCUGUGUCUAAAAUGGAAAACUAUGUGCACUAUAUGGGGAAUAGGGUGAUAUUUGUAUUUUUACACACACACACGCACACACACACACGCACACACACACACACACACACACACAGAGAGUCUGUAACACAAACAGCAUCUGCAGGAGAAGUAGAUGUAAUGUAUCUCAUAUUUCAAAUUCCCAAAGUCUUUUACAGUGGUAAAAAAAAAAAAAACUUAUUGGGGAUAGUAAAUGAUUAUGGGAAUGUGAUAGUAAAUGAUUAUGGGAAUGUGAUAGUAAAUGAUUAUGGGAAUGGGAUAGUAAAUGAUUAUGGGAAUGGGAUAGUAAAUUUAAUAAUAAUAAUAUGCCAUUUAGCAGACGCUUUUAUCCAAAGCGACUUACAGUCAUGCGUGCAUACAUUUUUGUGUAUGGGUGGUCCCGGGGAUCGAACCCACUACCUUGGCGUUACAAGCGCCGUGCUCUACCAGCUGAGCUACAGAGGACCACAAUAAAUGAUUAUGGGAAUGUGAUAGUACAUUAUUAUGGGAAUGGGAUAGUAAAUGAUUAUGGGAAUGGGAUAGUAAAUUAUUAUGGGAAUGUGAUAGUAAAUUAUUAUGGGAAUGUGAUAAUAAAUUACUUUGGGAAUUUGAAAUAUGAGAUACAUUACAUCGGCUCUACUUCUCCUGCAGAUGCUGUGUGUGUGUGUUUGUGUGUGUUUGUGUGUGUGUCUGUGUGUUUGUGUGUGUGUGUAAAAAAUACAAAUAUCACCCUAUUCCCCAUAUAGUGUACAUAGUUUUCCAUUUUAGACACAGCUUGAAGAAAUACCUUCACAGUCACCAUUUAGUUCCACUUUGAUUCAUUUAACUGUUUCACUUUUCCCAUGCACUGUUGCUUUCUAAUGGUGUGUGUGUGUGUGUGUGUGUGUGUGUGUGUGUGUGUGUGUGUGUGUGUGUGUGUGUGUGUGUGUGUGUGUGGGACUAAGAAGACAGGGACUAAUUUGUAAAGAAGUCACCUUGGGGAGCAUCAGCUGACACCUCAAUCUCUCUUUCACACACACUUACACACAUACACAGACACACACAGACACACACACACCAGAGAGAGAGAGAGAGAGAGAGAGAGAUAAACUGCCAAAAUAACCCAAUAUAACACAUCCCAAACCAAAGGUCAUUACAGGAACAAAAGACAGGAGAGAAUAGAGAAAAACAACCUUAACCUUGGUUAGGGUCCACAACUGUCUCUCUGUGCCCGGUCUGUGUCCCGUCGAAGGAUAGAUAGACUAUUUGGCAAUUUGCGUCAUGUGCCAGCGCUUGGAUUGCCUAAAGAUGGCGCAGCGGUGACUGCAUGCUAUUUGAGUAUCCCGUUCACACACUCUCCAGUUUCAUCGUAAACAACUGGACAUCUCUCUCUCCAUGCUGUUGCGACAUUCACUGUCGGUGGUCUUGAAAUGGUCGAUUUGCUAUUCCAUAGUGACAUAGGAUCAUUUUAAAGCUUGUUUUAUUAAUUUAUUCGACUCAAAACGAGUUUGUGACUGACAGACAGCGGCAUUCAGACAGAAAACGAGACUGUGGUGCUGUGCGUUGGUCGAAAUAAAUAAAUAACGGGUUUCUCCAUUCUGGCUUCUGGCAGUGGACGCGCGAGAUGCUGCCGCUGCAUUGAUAAGAGUUGGUCGAAGGGAUUCGCACAGAAGUGACGAGGCAGCUUCAGCCAGGGCUUAGGCUACGGAUAGGAUACUAACCUAGCACUGAUUGUGAUAGACUGAGUGAACGUUGUUUUAUGACAGACAGCAAGAAGAUGCACUGACUGACUAAGGACCGGAAGAGAAAAUGCAUCGUUUGAGAGUCGAAAUAUGAACGCACAUUCCACUUUGGUUUUCUUUUAUUUGCAGGCGUUGAGACGCAGUGAUAUAUUUCCGUGGAUCUGAGCGGUUUAUGCAACUUUUCCUGGUCCCUUUUCCAUGAUAACGGCAGAACCGGGCUUGAUUUACCGGGAAUAUCACCAGGAUCAUGUGGACCCCGACGGAAGAGGAGAAAAUCGGAGUUGGUGAGUUGAUUAAAUUCAGUUUGUUUUAUUGUUAAAAAAAAUAAAUAUAUAUAUUCAAUGAGUCUGUCCUUCCCCUUAUUCUCAAGAAAUGACUGGCGGUUCAAUACUGGAAUAUAAUUUAUAUGCAGCCUAUGUAAGCUAUAUUCUGGUGAUGGGAGCACCGAACCUAGACACGCGUUGACGUUUCUGCACCUUUUUCCAAUCCAAAACCAUCACGUUAUCUCGCGUCUAUAAAAGCCAUUCGACAUUGUACUAGGCUAUUCCGUUUUUAACAAUGCACAAGUUGGGCAUGUUGGACUUCGUGAUGUCAUUGUUUUAAUGAUCUGUAUGUCACGUAAUCAAAACUACUGUUUCAUCUCCAAUAGAGGGCGCCAAAAACAACACAGCUCACCUCUACAACAGGUGUGAUGCCCAGCUCAAUGGCUAUGAGAGAUCAAACUGGGCACAAACUGGUUAAAUCAACGUUGUCAAAUCAAAUAAAAAAACGUAGUUUCAAAGUACUUUGUCAAUGUAUUGUGACGUGGAAUCUACGUGGAAAAUACAUUGCCUAUGAAAAAAGUCAUCAACAUAAACUGUUGUUUUGAGAGUAAAAUUUCAACCACAGGAUUAUGUCGUCUUGGUAACCAAUUUUUAACAUAAACAAACCUUGUAUAAAAUAUGUUGAAUUUGUACCUUUGACAUCAGAUUUUUAACAUAAUAUCCAUUAUAUGGAAGAAAAAACAACAACAACAGGCUGGACAGCACCUCCUACUGGAGAGUUUAUGGAUCUACAGCUAUCCCUUCAGUCUCCCAUCCAGGGUCCUAUUCAAGCCCAGCCUAGCUUUGAUAUUUAUCACUGACUACUACCAAUGUGCUAUUGUGAGAAUGAUUGUUGAGAAAUCUCCACUUAAUAGAUUUCACUGUUGCUAUCAAAGUCAUUACAAAGAGUAGGUUCAACAGAGCAAAUGAAAUGUAACCAUACUUUAUCAAUUAUACACUAUGUAUACAAAAGUAUGUGGAAACCCCUUCAAAUUAGUGGAUUCGGCUAUUUCAGCCACACCCGUUGCUGACAGGUGUAUAAAAACGAGCACACAGCUAUGCAAUCUCCAUAGACAAACAUUGGCAGUAGAAUGGCCUUAUUAAAGAGCUCAGUGACUUUCAACGUGGCACUGUCAUAGGAUGCCACCUUUCCAACAAGUCGGUUUGUCAAAUUUCUGCCCUGCUAGAGCUGCCCCGGUCAACUGUAAGUGCUGUUAUUGUGAAGUGGAAUCGUCUAGGAGCAACAACGGCUCAGCCGCGAAGUGGUAGGCCACACAAGCUCACAGAACAUGCGUAGCACAUAAAAAUCGUCUGUCCUCGGUUGCAACACUCACUACCGAGUUCCAAACUGCCUCUGGAAGCAACGUCAGCACAAUAUCUGUUAGUCGGGAGCUUAAUUAAAUGGGUUUCCAUGGCCGAGCAGCCGCACACAAGCCUAAGAUCACCAUGUGCAAUGCCAAGUGUCGGUUGGAGUGGUGUAAAGCUCGCCGCCAUUGGACUCUGGAGCAGUGGAAACGCAUUCUCUGGAGUGAUGAAUCACGCUUCACCAUCUGGCAGUCCAACGGAUGAAUCUGGGUUUGGCGGAUGCCAGGAGAACGCUACCUGCCCCAAUGCAUAGUGCCAGCUGUAAAGUUUGGUGAUGGAGGAAUAAUGGUCUGGGGCUGUUUUUCAUGGCUCGGGCUAGGCCCCUUAGUUCCAGUGAAGGAAAAUCUUAACGCUACAGCAUACAAUGACAUUCUAGACGAUUCUGUGCUUCCAACUUUGUAGCAACAGUUUGGGGAAGGCCCUUUCCUGUUUUCAGCAUGACAAUGCCGCCGUGCACAAAGCGAGAUCCAUACAGAAAUGGUUUGUCAAGAUCGAUGUGGAAGAACUUGACUGGCCUGGAUGGACGCAAGUCCCCCGCAGAAAUGUUCCAACAUCUAGUGGAAAGCCUUCCCAGAAGAGUGGAGGCUGUUAUAGCAGCAAAGGGGGGGACCAACUCCAUGUUAAUGCCCAUGAUUUUGGAAUGAGAUGUUCGACGAGCAGGUGUCCACAUACUUUUGGUCAUUCAGUGUAUAUCAUCAAUGAUGCUAUUUAGGCCGACAUAGCAUUAGGGAAGACAUCAACAGCUAUUGUUUAAAUUCAGCCCAGGAUUCAACUAAAAAUAGACAAUACAAAAAGGCCUUUUCAACUUUGGUUGAUUUCAAAUGUAAUCUACAAAUUAAUAAUAAGUAUGUUGGAUUCACAUCUCCAUCUCAACCAAAAAUACAAUUGAAAGAAACUGUAUUUGAGGUGCAAUUUAAAUGUUUUAUUUGAUUUGAUUUAGUCCUAUUCUUUAACAUAGAUGUACGGCUUAAAUGGAGUCGGGAAUCCAACAUAUCAAUUAUUAAUUUGUAGACAAACUGGAAUUAAAGCCAGUCUCAGUGCCACAGAUGGAGGUAUCCAAGCAGAAGAUACAUUUCCUUCAAAAGUUGAUACUUUUACAAUAUUGGUAAAAAGCCAUAAUAACUUUGUCGACAAGUUAACAAAUUAUAUGUUGGAUUCACGUCUUCAUCUCCCCCCAAAAUACAAGUUAAAGAACGGGAUUAAAAGCCAGUGGCUCAGAUGGAACUAUCCAAGCAGUAGAUACUUUGCUCUGCUUUUGAAUGGUUGAAAGCUCAGUGAUAACACAUUGGAAGGUGACAACUAAAACCAAAAGUCUGACAUGGAAAAUUUGGUUGUGCUUUUAGAUGGUCGAAAGCAUAGUGAUAACACAUUGGAAAUUCAACACACUUUUGGCUGUGUUUUUUGAGUAGUUGAAAAUAGGUUGGAAUCUCGUUGAUCGACGUAUCUAACAAAUAUUACCCAAUACUCAAUGUUGACAUGACGUGGUGUGCCCAGUGGGAUAGGACUGCCGAAAUGUGAACGCUAUUCUAUUCUAUUCAAAUAUAUUAUAGUGUACUACACAUCUUUCUGGAGGGGCCAGUAUGCCUACUGUGACCAAACAGCUGACAGUAUUGAUCCUGAGCUGCUGAUAUAGGCUAGAAUCCAGGGUCAUAGGUCACUGACGAUAUUACUGAUUAAUUCAUAGUGACAAUAUGGAUUAAGAGUGGAUAUGGAACGGCUAGACCUCCAUGUAGCAUUAAGUAACAGACAGGGGUGUCUGCUCUGUCCCAAACUGACAAACCAUGGGAAUGCGAAGCCAUUGAGCUGGGAAAGGAACUACUGUUUUGCUGACAACAGCCUGCUUAGCAAGUCCAAUCCAUGGCAGCAGAGUAUCACUUGGAAUGGCGGGUCAUUGGAGUGGAAUAGGAAGCUUCUUACCACAUUAUAUUAUUAAUACACAGACCAUCACAAUUUAUAAAGCAGAAACAAACCCAACAAAACCACAUAUUUCAUAGGGACGGAGAGAGAGAGAGAGAGAGAGAGAGAGAGAGAGAGAGAGAGAGAGAGAGAGAGAGAGAGAGAGAGAGAGAAGAGGGAGAGAGAGAGUGAGAGAGAGAGGAGAGAGAGAGAGAGAGAGAGACGAGAGAGGAGCAGAGCAGAGACAGAGACAGAGCAGAGACAGAGCGAGAGAGCGAGAGAGCUGAGAGGAGAGAGGAGAGCCAAAGGGUCUGUCAGAGAUUCUGGCUGAGCAUUGAAAACACUGAAUGAAUGGCUCUUUGUAAGGGAAUGGCUCUCUGAAUGCAGUUCUAGCCCUUCAGACAGACAGGCCAGCAAACACUGUUCUCACCACACAGUCAAAGACAUGCCUGAGACAGAGAGGAAGGCCAUAUAUUGGUUCUAACCAUAUGCUCAGUAGAGUACAGUUAAAAUGGUAUAUUGCUCUACUGUCGUGCAAACGUUUGCACUUUAGAAAUGUGAACAUAAACCAGCGCUGUUGACUGGAAAAUAAAGUAUUCUAUUCUAUUCUAUUCUAUUGUAUUCUAUUCUGUUCUGUUCUAUUCUAUUCUAUUCUAUUCUAUUCUAUUCUAUUCUAUUCUAUUCUGUUCUGUUCUGUUCUAUUCUGUUCUAUUCUAUUCUAUUCUAUUCUAUUCUGUUCUAUCCUGUGUGGAAAUUGACAUUGUGGGUGGCAGAUAUUCAGCCUCAUUGCCUCCAGGGAGUUAAUUUCCCCCUCUAAUCACUUCAGACAGCGAGGAGUUAACACACAUAUAACAGUUAUCUUAUGUUCCCUCAUUUCAUCUGUAUUGGGGUGGAUGGUUAAUACAGAGGCUCUCAUACUGUACUGAGUCUAAAGGGAGCCUGUGAAUAUUCAGGACCGUUUCAUGA